AUGAUAACUAGAGUCAAUUCUGAUUCAAAUGAUUUUAAUUUAUUAUGGUCAAAUAACCAUGUUAAUACAAAAAUCAUUAGUUCAUUGAGGUCUUAUCAACGCAUCAAUCACUUCCCUAGAUCAUGUGAAUUGACUCGUAAAGAUAAACUGUACAAAAACAUCGAAACUAUGAGCCAUCGCAAUGGAAUAAAAAAGUUCUCUUUUGUUCCUGAAACAUAUAUCAUGCCGAAAGAUUACAAUAGAUUUAUUUCGAAUCAAUACCGACAUCGAGGUUUAUGGAUUGUAAAGCCUUUCGAUUUAUCUCGCGGAAGAGGAAUAACAAUUAUUGAUUAUUCAUUUAAGGACACUCAAUCGGCUUUGAAAGAAAAUGUCGUUGUUGCUAAGUAUAUUGACAAUCCUCUGUUGGUGAAUGGAUAUAAGUGGGAUUUACGUUUGUACGUAUUAGUUACAUCAUUCAAUCCACUUGUUGUGUACCUGUACGAAGAAGGUUUGGUUAGAUUUGCCACUGUUAAAUAUGUAUGUGAUAGAAGUCGUAUUAAUAAUCGACGAAUGCAUCUUUGCAACUACAGUGUCAACAAAAGCAGCCCGAGCUAUAUUAGAAAUUCGGAUCCUGAACGAGAAAAUGUAGGCCAUAAGUGGUCCAUGAGCGCUCUUUUGAACCAUCUUAGAGAAGAGUACCUUAUUAAUACAGAAACUUUGAUGGCUGAAAUUGAAGACAUUGUAGUUAAAACAAUAAUGAGUGCAACUGCACAAAUGUUACCAGCGAUCAAUUGCUUUGUACCUCACAAUCAAAAUUGUUUUGAACUAUACGGGUUUGAUAUUUUGGUGGACGAUAAGUUAAAACCAUGGCUGCUUGAAGUUAACCUAUCUCCAUCAUUAGGGAUAGAUUCUGGACUUGAUUCUCGCAUUAAGAGUUCAAUGCUAUGCGAUUUAUUUACUUUGAUUGGCAUCCCAAUUGUUGACCCUACUGUUUUCAACUUUAACAGAAAUGUUCGAAGACCAAAAUCUGAUAUUCCGAGGAACAGAAAUUCAAAUAUAAAUAUUAAUAAUCUCAGUAGUGAUGAAAAAAGAUUAUUGAAAAAUACGAUGGAUCAAAAUCAAAGGAGCAGAGGGUUCAUACGGAUUUUUCCUACAUACCUAUCAUGGAAAAAGUAUUCCUCUUACUUGGAUAAUAUCAAUGGAAUUCCUAGGGGAUCUACUAUACCACCGUUUUAUGUAAAACUAAUAAGGAAUUAUAAUUAUUUUUUAAACGACCAUUUAUUCAGCGAAAAUUCCUCAUUUUAUAUGGAUAUUAGCAGACAAGAUCGCUAUGAAAGGUCCUUAAAAGAUUUUAAGCGGAGCUUAAAUGAUAAUAAAGAUGCGGAUCAAACAACUGAUAUGUCAAAGUUGAAAAAAACAAUUGUAAAAUAUUUAAACGAUGGAUAUGUAUUCAGUAAUCUACAGGCUCGGCAAACCUUUGCUCUAUACUUGACUUACAUUUCCGCUUUAUUAAAAAAAUGUGCUUUGGAGAAAAAUUUUGACAGUCCAUCAAGUAAUCUUGUUUUGAUGUUUUUAAUAAAAGCUUCAAAAAACCUCAGUGUUCCUUUAAAAAUUGAGGUUUCUAAAUCUUCAUUGUCAAACAAAAAAGCAAUGGAAAUACUUCAAUUAUUGGAAAGCUUUUUAUUGAAAUACAACUAUGAUACUGUAAUGUAUUUGACCCCAGAAACUACAAAAAAUUGUUUGCCACAUAAAUUGUUUAAUUUAUUUCUCACGCACGCCGGGAAAGAAGAUAUCGAAGAAAUAAUUAAUGAUUCGAAACACAAUUGUUUGUCUUCUGCAAUACACCCGGUGAAUGAUAUUAAAAAUUCUAAAUCAUUAGAAUCAAAAGUUUGGAAAUAA